GACUCUGAAUCUUUGGACCGGUGCAUCCAGACGGCCCUGUCGGCGCUCUACCCGCCCUUCCAGGCCACAUCGGGGAGCGUGCUGGGCCAGGUCCUCAGCGUGGUCGAGAGGUGCUACAGAGGAGACGGCCUGCGCUACCUCAUCCACUUCCUGCUGCCUGCAAAGCAGUUCUUAGUCAACCUGCAGCAGGAUGCCUGCUUGCAGUACAGUGGUCUGUUGUUCCGUCAUGAAGGCUGGCCUCUGUGCGUCCACGAGAAGCUAGUUGUUCAGCUCUGUCCUCUGGACCCCUGUCUCCUCCGUCCGGGAGACUUCUACCUGCUGGUUUCUCCUCCCCCCCUCGCUGCUGGCCGUUCUGCUGCCUCCUCCCCCUCCCCCCGCCUGCUCCUGUGCAGCGUGUCAGCUGGCGGGCGCCAUGUGGAGCAGCAGGAGGUGUCCCCGUUAGCGCUGGGCUCUGUCUUCACCAUGGCGUGGCUGGACUCGGUCAACAGGGAGCGGGAGCAGCGAGGAGCGUCUCGGCUGCAGCGCUGCGUCCUCUCCGCGCACGGAGACGUCUUCAGGGUCCCCUGGGAGGACCUGGUCUACCCACAAUUCAUCAGCCCACCCCGCGCCGCCCUGAAGGAGCCCGGGGAGCCGCGUGGAAACGAUGGAGAUACCCCGAGUCCCUGUAAAGACUCAUCCGGACAGGAAGUAAAGCUGCUCCAAUCAGCGGCGAGCAGCGAGGGAGACGACUCAGAGGGAGAGUACGUGGAGCUGGCGGAGCUGCCUCGCUUCUCCCCGCAGAAAGGCUCCUUGACCCAGUCCAUCAGAGCCAGGACCAGCACACACACCACCGCACACACACCACCGCACACAGCUAACAACAAACACACACUCUCUGAUUCUACAACACACACUCCCAGAACCACUCACACACUCUUUACUGCUGCACACACAGCUAACAACGCACACACUCUCUGAUUCUACUACACACACUCCCAAAACCACUCACACACUCUCUGAUUCUACUACACACACUCCCAGAACCACUCACACACUCUUUACUGCUGCACACACAGCUAACAACGCACACACACUCUCUGAUUCUACUACACACUCUCACAAAACCACUCACACACUCUCUGAUUCUACU